GAACGUGGCCCUAGCUUGGUGUGGCAGAAUCUGGAAAGAAGGCGAGGACCCUAAAGAAUUGGAACGACUGUGGCUGUGGAUUCCUUAAGUUAUUGAGGGUGGUGUUACUUUGCAGACGACUGGCAGAGAAGUUGGCUACCAUGGAAUCACCAGAGGAGCCUGGAGCAUUCAUGGAUGAAAACUACUUUGUGAACUACACUUUCAAAGAUCGGUCACACUCAGGCCGUGUGGCUCAGGGCAUCAUGAAACUGUGUCUGGAGGAAGAGCUCUUUGCUGACGUCACCAUUUCAGUGGAAGGACGGGAGUUUCAGCUCCACCGGCUGGUCCUCUCAGCUCAAAGCUGCUUCUUCCGGUCCAUGUUCACUUCCAACCUGAAGGAGGCCCACAACCGGGUGAUUGUGCUGCAGGAUGUCAGUGAGUCUGUUUUCCAGCUCCUGGUUGAUUAUAUCUACCAUGGGACUGUGAAACUUAGAGCUGAUGAGCUGCAGGAAAUUUAUGAGGUGUCAGAUAUGUACCAGCUGACAUCUCUCUUUGAGGAAUGUUCUCGGUUUUUGGCCCGCACAGUACAGGUGGGGAACUGCCUUCAGGUGAUGUGGCUGGCAGAUCGGCACAGUGAUCCUGAGCUCUACACUGCUGCCAAGCACUGUGCUAAGGCCCACCUAGCCCAGCUGCAGGACACAGAGGAAUUUCUCCACUUGCCCCACCACCUACUCACUGAUAUCAUCUCCGAUGGAGUUCCAUGUUCCCAGAACCCAACAGAGGCAAUAGAAGCCUGGAUCAAUUUUAAUAAAGAGGAAAGAGAGUCUUUUGCAGAGUCACUCAAGAGUAGCUUGAAGGAAAUUGGGGAGAACGUGCACAUUUAUCUGAUCGGGAAAGAGUCAUCUCGUACCCACUCACUGGCUGUGUCCUUGCACUGUGCUGAAGAUGACUCCAUCAGUGUACGUGGCCAAAACAGCUUGUGCCACCAGAUCACUGCAGCCUGCAAGCAUGGUGGAGACCUGUACGUGGUAGGAGGGUCCAUCCCACGGCGCAUGUGGAAGUGUAACAAUGCCACUGUGGACUGGGAGUGGUGUGCGCCCUUACCCCGGGACCGGCUCCAGCACACCAUGGUGUCUGUGCCCGGGAGAGAUGCUAUAUAUUCACUGGGUGGCAAGACACUGCAGGAUACCCUCUCCAAUGCAGUUAUCUAUUACCAGGUAGAUUAUAACAUCUGGAUAGAGACAACACAGCUAGAGGUGGCUGUGUCAGGGGCCGCUGGAGCCAAUCUCAACGGGAUCAUCUACUUACUAGGGGGGGAGGAGAAUGACCUGGACUUUUUUACCAAACCUUCCCGACUCAUCCAGUGCUUUGAUACAGAGACAGACAAGUGCUACAUGAAGCCCUAUGUGCUGCCCUUUGCCGGCCGCAUGCAUGCAGCUGUGCAUAAGGAUCUGGUGUUCAUCGUGGCUGAAGGGGACUCCCUGGUAUGCUACAAUCCCCUGCUAGACAGCUUUACCCGGCUUUGCCUUCCUGAGGCCUGGAGCUCGACCCCACCCCUCUGGAAGAUCGCCAGCUGUAAUGGGAGCAUUUAUGUUUUUCGGGAUCGAUAUAAAAAGGGGGAUGCCAACACCUACAAGCUUGAUCCUGCCACUUCAACUAUAACAGUCACCAGAGGCAUUAAGGUGCUGCUUACUAAUUUGCAGUUUGUGUUGGCAUAAGGCCGUGGAGGGAAGAGCGGCUGACUUUUGUCCUCCCCUUUUCCAGCACCUACCCAUCCAAACUGAAGUCUCCAAAAUCCCAAUUCAGAGUACUGUGAUUUUGUGGCACAUGUUCAAAAGGCAGCACUCAGCCCUUCCCUGAAUCCAUAGGGGCAGCCAUUUGGGGGCUCUCUAGACUGCCACUGCUCAGCUGGCUGCUUGAAUGAGAACAGGUCAGCCUGUUCUCUGCCAUCCCUGGUAGCCCUGUGCCUACCACAGAUUGCUCAGAGCAAGCCUCUCCUCGGAUCUUACGUACAGCCUCCCCUCU